CGCACGCGCAGUCUUCGUCGCGUAGCCUCGCGCAGGGACCACAAUUCCCAGAGUGCUCUGCGCCUUCGCGGCCGCCGAGCAACAUGGCGUCUAGAGUCGCCGCCUUCCUCAAGAACGCCUGGGCCAAGGAGCCGGUGCUGGUGGUGUCCUUCGCUAUCGGGAGUAUCGCUCUCAUCCUGCCCCCGCUCAGCCCGUACACCAAGUACUCCAGCAUGAUCAACCAGGUCACGCCCUACAACUACCCAGUGCCCGUCCGGGACGACGGGAACAUGCCUGACGUGCCCAGCCACCCCCAGGACCCCCAGGGCCCCAGCCUGGAGUGGCUGAAGAACUUUUGAGCGCCUCUUUCCACGGGCAAGGAGGCGGCCCCCGGCCCCCGAAUAAAAGUGUGAAAACUA